UGAUCAUUCCAAGGGGAAGGGCUCCUUGUAAUUUAGAAGGGAAUGGGGGCUAUUUCCAAGAGGUUCAACUACAUAAACUGUCCAUAACUACCUUGACUCCCAAGUUUGAAACAGAGUGGCACCUGAGAAGAGUAAGAGCUGAGGCAUAAUCUCUGCCCCAGAAAGAUUUUCUGAGAAAGGAAAAUAACAAGGCCACAGAGGAAUGAAGAGAACCAGAAGCCCGUCUCUUUCUUUUCUACUAAUUUUGCUAGCCAUUUUGUUUGUCACAUUCUCAACAGUCUGUGUUGAAGCCAGAAAGAGCGGUAAUCCCAAGAAGAACAAUGCUCAAAAACAGAGGAAGCCGAGGAAUGGCAAUGGCCCUGCACCAGCUCCUGGCCCGUCAAGCAGCUUUAACAUUCUGUCUUUCGGAGCAAAAGGCGAUGGAGUUUCCGAUGACUCAAAGGCGCUUCUAGCAGCAUGGAAAGCUGCUUGCAAGAGGCCGACGUCGACCGUGGAAAUCCCACCGGAGUUCAAGUUUCUGAUCAAACCCAUAACUCUGCAAGGACCAUGCUUGCCAAACCUUGUUUUUCAGAUAGAUGGGACUCUUUUAGCUCCUCCAAAAGUGGGUUCAUGGCCAAAAUCCAGUCUGUUUCAGUGGAUAAACUUCAAAUGGCUCCAGAACUUCACCAUCCAAGGGACCGGUAUCGUCGACGGCCAAGGCUCUAAUUGGUGGAGUUCUUCUCAAACAGAGCAGAAGAGAUUCAAACACAUUCCAGAAAUCAAGCCAACCGCCUUGAGAUUCUAUUCAAGCUACAAUGUCACGAUUCGCGACAUUAGGAUCACAAAUAGCCCUCAGUGCCACCUGAAAUUCGACAACUCUGGCUCGGUGAAGGUCGAAAACGUCACGAUUUCAGCACCCGAAAACAGCCCCAACACCGAUGGCAUUCACCUCCAGAACACCCAUGACGUUGAAAUCCAGCAUUCGAGCAUCGGAUGUGGAGAUGAUUGUGUAUCCAUACAAACUGGCUGCUCCAAUGUUCAUGUUCAUCACAUAAACUGUGGCCCUGGACAUGGCAUAAGCUUAGGAGGACUGGGCAAAGACAGAAGUGUUGCCUGUGUCUCCAACAUCAUUGUUGAGGAUAGCUUUCUGCAGAACACACUAUAUGGAGCAAGAAUCAAAACAUGGCAGGGAGGAAUGGGAUCAGUCAAGAAUGUGUCGUUCUCCAACAUCCAUGUCCAAGAUGUCAAGGUUCCGAUAAUGAUCGAUCAGUACUACUGCGACAAGAAUUUCUGCAAGAACCAAACAGGCGCAGUCUCAAUAUCUGGGGUUAAGUUUGAUCAGAUCAUCGGAACCUAUUCAUUUCAACCGAUCCAUCUUGCUUGUAGCGACCAUGUUCCCUGCACGGAUGUGGAUCUGAUGGACAUUCAGCUGGAGCCAUCGCUAGGGUUUCAAGGAUUUCCGCGAGCUCUGUGCUGGAACUCGUAUGGCAGAUCGCAAGCUCCGCUUGUUCCGUCCGCCAUGGACGAGUGCUUGAGGAGCGGCGGCGCCGAUUCAGUCAAGAGAACUGCAAGAUCACACGACAUUGUCUGUUAAUUAGCCUGUAAUUAAAUCGUAGUUAUUCCAUGAGAAAGAUUAGGAAAGAAGAAGGUUAGCUGUUUGAGGAUGGAAAGAGCAGGGGAAACACAUCAGAGACGCACUUGAGCCUGUCUUCUGAGAUUUCCAGGAAUACUUUAUUUUAUUAGUGUUAGUGCGACCAUUUUGUGGAAGCAAACGACAUUAAUUUAUGAGGAAUGGUAGUUACUGUAUGUAUAUAUAAUGAUAAAUUAAUAAAAUACAAGUGGUAUAAUCGAAUC